AUCCUGCCUUCCUUCCUUCCUACAACACUAGAGCUUCAAUUUCAUUCCAUUCCUAAGUAACGAGAUACAACAAACAUGGCUGUUAACCUGUUGAAGAUGAUCGCUUUUUUCGCUCUGUCUUCCCUUCUGAUCCUUAACGGAGCCCUCGGCAAUAUGAUGUGCGAGGAGCUGCCAGUAGAGCUGUGCGCCUACUCGAUCUCCGACGCAGGAAAGAGAUGCGUGCUGGAGAACUACUUGGCCAGGAAAGGGAUUGUGAAGUACCAAUGCAAGACAUCGGAAGUGGUUGUUGAGACGAUGAGCGGAUGGAUCGAGACAGAGGCAUGCAUCAACGACUGCGGCCUUGACAGAAACGCGGUCGGGAUCUCUUCUGAUUACCUCCUCUCCCCCAACUUUGUUGCCAAGCUCUGCUCCCAGCCCUGUUUCAGCUAUUGCCCCAACAUCCUCGAUCUCUACUCCAACUUGGCUCAAGCCGAAGGAAUGAACUUGCAUGAUAUCUGCAGCAGGAAAGAUGGUGCUCCUCGUCGCGCAUUGUACAAUCAGCCCAGGAGUUCAGGUACUGCUUUCGACGGUGGUGCUAUGGGAAUUGCUGGGGAAGAAGAUGGAGCUAUUGGAGCCCCAAUCGGUUCUCCUCUGUCUUCCCCUGCUUUUACAUUUGCGGAUGAUGGUACUGCUACUGCAUUUGCUCCUUCUCCUGAUACCUUCUGAGAAGGCUGAGGGGGGAAAAGAAGUUCAAUGGGGAUUUGAUGUAUUAACGGAUUCUACUUCGAUAUGAUUUCUCAUGUAUAGAUAUAUCCUUCAUUUAGGGAAAAAUUGGUGUUGAGCUAUACUUGGAUUGUUAUCUCAUUUGAAUUACACAUUUGGUACUUGUCUUAUCUAAUUAAGUUUAGCUAUCGAU